AUGUUGCGAGAGUGCAAGGAAGCUGUGGCUUCUUGUCCGAACUCAAAAAAUGAAGAGCAAGAGAAAUGUAUGCAAGCACUUACGGAAGCAAAAAACAAAAAGAAACGAGCCCAUAUGAACGACGCGGAGGUUCGGAGCUCAGUGAAUAUUUCAGAGAAAAGGGACGAAGAAGAAGAAGUAAUUGAAGUAGAAGGUAUGGGAGUGAAGAAAAUGCCUCGCAUGUUUGGUCCUAUGGAUAGAUAUACUUCUAGCAUCAAUCUGGAAUCUCCCCAAGGUCCAACAUUGACACAACACCAACAACAUAUCAAGAAUAGAAUGCUCGAGGCUGCUGGACAAUUUGGACCGGGUGUUACUCCACCUAGUCAAUAUCAGCUGAGGGAGCCUUUGUUAAGGGAAGAGGUCGCUAGAGUGAAUAACUUGAUGAAAGUACAAGAAGAUGAGUGGAAGGUGAGUGGCUGCUCUAUAAUGACAGAUUCUUGGUCGGACAGAAAAAGAAGAAGCAUCAUGAAUCUGUGUAUCAACUGCAAGGAAGGUACAACGUUUCUCUCCUCUAAAGAUUGUUUUGAUGAUGCUCAUACAGACCAGUAUAUUUUUGAGUAUGUCAAUGAGUGCAUUGAGAAAGUGGGUGGAGAUCAUGUAGUUCAAGUGGUAACAGACAAUGUCACUAAUAACAUGGCUGCUGCAAAAUUGUUAAAGGAGGUGAGACCAACCAUAUUUUGGACAUCUUGUGCAACUCAUACAAUAAAUCUGAUGGUAGAAGGCAUAGCUAAACUUCCUUUGUUUGAGACUACCAUCAACAAGGCUAAGGCUUUUACCAUUUUUAUUUAUGCCCGUCAUAAGACACUAUCCAUGAUGAGGAAGUUUACAAAGAGAAUAGAUAUUAUUGUACGACCUGGAAUAACGAGAUUUGCGUCGGCCUUUCUUAUGUUGCAAAGUUUGAUGGAGAAGAAAGAAAAAUUAAAGAUGAUAUUUGCUAGCAACGAAUGGGGAGAAAGUAAAUGGGCAAAGCAUCCUAAAGGACUUGCAGCUUACAAUACAACUUGUAAUAUGGAAUUUUGGGAUGGUGUGGGAAUGUGUCUGAAAGUCUUUGCACACUUGGUUAGAGUACUUAGAUUAGUUGAUGGAGAUCUGAAGCCUACGAUAGGGUUUCUGCAUGGAGAGUUAGAAGAAGCAAAGAAAGAGAUAUGCAAAGCUCUAAACAAUCUUGAGAAGAACUACAAACCGAUACUUAGUAUCAUUGAUCAGAAGGGUAAUGGUCGUCUUGAUAGUCCUCUUCAUUGGAUGGUACACACCAAGAAACAAAACAGACUUGAUACAAAACGGCUGAACAAUCUUGUUUAUAUCCAAUUCAACAUGAGAUUAUUGGCAAAACGAAAGAAACAUAAAGAAAAGAAAGUGGACAGUCUAUUGGCAGAUAAUGCUCUUCAUGCUCAAGGUUGGAUUGUUAAAGAAGCUGAAGUGGAACUAGGAGACACGUGGGAAACUAUAGGAGACGAUGAUGGUGUUGUUAGGGAGCUUGACGAGUCUGAUUUUGAUUCUGAUGAUGAGGAAGAAGUUGAUGUGGAAUUUGAAUCAGAUGAUGAGCAAAUUUUAGAGGAGAUCUGGUGA